AUGGACCGCAGGUCAAUCCCUUCUCCUAACGAGGAAAUCGAGGCCUCGUCACCCGCUUCGCCCACGUCGCCCAGGCCAGGCAAGAACAAGUGGUCGAAAGAGGAGGAUGAAAAAAUACUCCACCUCCGCAAUAAUGGUUUGAGAUGGGGCGAGAUUGCGGAGGCAAUGCCCGGUCGAUCUCUCCAAAGUUGCAGGCUGCGCGCCCAGAACUAUCUCAACAUUAAAGAGUUGAUGGAUGUUGAAGCAUUUAAUGUCUCGCGGAACGACCGCAGGGUCAAGUGGUCGGAAGAGGAGGAUGAAAAACUCAUCAACCUCCGCAAAAAUGGUUGGUCAUGGGAGGCGAUUGCGGACCAAAUGCCUGGUCGAUCUCACGAAAGUUGCAGGCUGCGCGCCGAAUAUCUCACCAAGCAGGACCAACAGGACCUGCUGGAUGAUGAUGAAGAAUCCAAGGCCUCGCCACCCACGUCGCCCCUCACAUCGCCCCCCACGUCGCCCAACAAGCGCAAGAUCCAAUGGUCGAAAGAGGAGGAUGACAAAAUCCUCAACCUCCGCAAUAAUGGUUGGACAUGGGAUGCGGUUGCGGCUGAAAUGCCUGGUCGAAGCGGCAGGAGUUGCCGGCUGCGCGCCCAGAACUAUCUCUUCGGUAAAGACCUGCUGGGGGAUGAAGGGCUGAACCUUCAGCUCGCAAAGGCGUAUGCACGGAAGAAGCAGGCAUUUUGGGAGGAUAUCGGUCGAGACUUGAAUAGGCCGUGGCAGAUUGUGGAACAGAUGCACUGGCAGAUGGGAAAAUGGGACAUGGAAGAACUUGCUGGAGAGGAAGAACCCUCUUCGGGGAGCUUUAUUCCAAGUUUACCUACUCGGCCGCUACAAUUGCCAGGCGUGGAAGCCAUGAUGGCUGGAGCCAGGGUAAAUCCGUAUGCGCAUAUGGAUCGUCCGCCUGGUUGA